AUGCAAGUUGCCUCUACUAUCAAGCAAGGCAAUGUCACUUGGGGACUUGCCCGUAUCUCUCACAAAGAGAACUUCAGCCAUGACUACGUGUCUACCUAUGGAGAGGGCGAGAAUAUUACCUUCUACGGGAUUGACAGCGGCAUCGACAUCAAUCAGGCUGACUUCACUGGCCAUGCUCGCUGGGGUAUCAAUCUCGCUGACAACGUAGAUACCGACUGUUACGGCCACGGAACUCAUACUGCAGGCACUGUUGCAGGCCAGAAGUUUGGUAUCCUCAAGAAAGCGUCCAUCGUUUCCAUCAAAAUCCUUGACUGCCAUGGUUAUGGCGAUAUAACCAGAUACAUCAACGGACUUAACUGGGCUAUCAACGAUGCCAAAGAACGCGGCCUCGGCAAGUCUGUCAUGAAUAUAAGUCUCAAAACUCGACGCUCUAGAGCUGUGAACGAGGCUACAGUACGUGCACAAGAAGCAGGAAUUUUCAUCGCUGUUGCUGCUGGUAACCAAGCUACGAACGCCGAGUUCUAUUCGCCUGGCUCCGCCCCUGAAGUUUGUACGGUGGGUGCAAGUACCAGAAACGACACCAAAGCAAUCUUUUCCAACUACGGAGAACUCGGUAUGUCUUGGCCCUGCAUUGUUUUCUGUAUUAUUGGAGCUAACGUCGUUAAUGAUGGCAGUCGACCUGUUCGCGCCUGGAGAGUACAUCCGAUCCACCUUACCCCAUAA